CAAACAUUAUUGGUUUUGCAGCUGUCCAGUGACAUGAGCUAUGAGCUAUAGCUUCUGAUGGAGUCUGUCUCUUGUUGUACAGUUACUAAUAUUUUUACAUAGCAUCCUGUGUUGUCGGUUAAUAUUGAUAGCACUACUACCUCUAACCGGCUUUACAACUAUCUGCUUCUACCGCAGAUAAAAAGCACACUCGCUUUGAUGACCCGUGAGAUCCACAACAAGAUUGGCUUGGAAGGAGACUUCCAUUGUAAAACACUUUUCAGGCUGUGGUACCGAGCACGCAGUUCAUUGGCAUGGAUCUGAAUGACUCCUCCGCCUCGGUUGAGGCAUCCACACGAUAUGCUCCAGAUAACCCGUCGCUGCAAAACUCCAGGAGAGUCAAACAGCCUCUUGAUGGAUCUUCGGGUACUCUCCUGGAGCAUAAUGAUCCUCUGCCCUCCAAUCGGAGCUCUUCGGGCAUCAAGGUCAUCCUUUCAACGGGGGACAUAACCAUUGAGCACCUGGACCCCGAAACAGUGGCUGCCUCUCCAUCCAGAGCUGUGGUCCAUCGUUGGCGAGUGUCCAGCAGUGAUAUCAUGCGCAGCAGCCCCUACUUUAGGGCUCUCUUGGAUCCGCACAAGUUCGCGGAGGGCAAGAGCCUGAUGCACCAAAAGAUCCAAACCCAGCAACUGGCCUCCGAAUCUGCGGUUGGGAGCCUAGACCCUCCCGAUAGCGAGCAGGCCUGGAACACGGAUGAAUUACCGGUUGUUCAACUUCCAAGCGAUCAUUUUUCCUCGCGUCUCGGAACGGAUGUCAUUGAGCUCUUUCUCGAGGUUCUGUCCUACGACUCAUAUGAUGACGACCAACAGCGGGCGUUUGACGCCAGACUCAGAGUGCAGCCUGUGUCCCUUGUCUCGAGAUUGGUGGAACUAGCCGAUGCUUUCAACUCACCACAGGCCGUUCAGAAAGCUCUGACACAGUCAGGUUAUGCUUUUGGCAAGGGAAAGGUCCCUCUCACCAAGUUCGAUGCAGCCUCUCUGUUGAAGCUGCCCGAGGAUCGGAUCCGCCAGACAAUAUUCGUGGCUCGAUUCCUCAAUGAGUACGCCAUUGUUCAGGUGUACACCCAUACCCUCGUCGUGAUGGGGUCGAGAUAUUGGUCGAAUGGCGUCGUUGAAGCUCCUGGAAAUCCCACGUUUCCCUGGCGAUAUCUCGCUGGAGGAAUAGAAGAGGAACUUUACUUUCGCCGACAAUGCGUCCUCAACACGAUAACCGACCUGCAAGCCCACUUCCUCCGUGCCUACGGAGCUCUCGAAGACGCGACAGACGACGCCUACCCUUCCGCCGCAGCAACAACAACAUCCACAUCUGCAGCCACGACAACCACGACAACAACCCCCCAACCCAGACCCCCGUUCUCCCUGCCUGCCACCUCUACCACCAUUCACCCCCGCCACUUCCAAUGCCGCUACGGCUUCGCCAACUCCAGCGCCUGCGACGUCUUCCAUCUAGGCCAAAUGACGCGCUUCUUCGCCUUACGCACCAAGACCAUCUUCCUCGGCUCCACUCUCAUUGACGACCCGGAUUUUCUUCUCCCGCUGGAUGAUGAAGACCACGAUAACGAAGAAGCUGAUGACGAUGAUGCGAACCUCGCAGCCGAUCACCCACCAACUCCCAUCCCACAACAACAACAACACCAAACAAAUAUAGCCACACUCCUCGCCUCCCUCAAACAGUGCCCGGACUACCAGAUCGACACCAACCACACGGGCUGCGGCAUCCGUCGCCGCUUCCUGCCGCCCCUGGACUGCAUCGAGCGAUUCGUCGGCGACGCCCGCGGCCUGCUGGGCGUAAAUCCAGCGCCACCGUCAUCGUCAUCGACAUCAACCUCCUCCUCGCAGGGUAGUGGCUGGGCCGCGACGACGCGGUGGACCGUGACUCCCGGGUCGUGGGCGAACCGGUCCCGCCCGCGCGCGUUGGUGCUAGAUGUGCAUUUGUCGCGGAUCAAUGCCAUUCCCGUGCUGGCGCGUGGCGGUGGGAGGAAGGUCGAGCGAGGGGUCCGGGUGGGCAGUUCGCAGGAGGAGAAUGCGAGGUUGCUGUUUACGGCGCGGAGGAGGAAUUGGGAGACUUGACUUCUUCUUUCGCCCUCGAGUUCUGCUCCCCACUUCUCCGCUUGAUAUACUCGGCGACGACAAACGGUUAUCUCUGUGGGGUUCAUGGUUUGGACUGUGGAAUUUGGGUUAUGUUUUAAUAGAACGAUUGCGGGAAAGGAAAGGGAUGUUGGCGACUUGCGCCUGCCCACUUUUGGGAUAUAUGGUUGGGGGAUCACGUCUUGGAUAGGUGUACCUCAAUGCACUACUAAGUUGGGACACAAGGCAGGGACCCUGCAACGAUG